AAGCGUCAUGGGUGGGGCUGCCGCUUGCAGACCCAGGAUUUGAACAUGUCGCGCCUGCAACGGGUAGCCGGGCGGGAUCCGCGAGCGGGUUUCAGAGCUGAGGGGAGAGACUGCACUACUUCUGUGCCCCAGGGGCUGUUAAAGGCGGCGAGGAGGAGCGGACAGUUAAACUUGUCGGGUAGGAACCUCAGUGAAGUGCCUCAGUGUGUUUGGAGAAUAAACAUGGAUAUCCCUGAAGAAGCUAAUCAGAAUCUUUCCUUCAGUUCUKCUGAACGAUGGUGGGAACAGACAGAUUUGACCAAACUAAUCAUAUCAAACAAUAAACUUCAGUCACUGACAGAUGACCUUAGACUCUUACCUGCACUGACUGUUCUUGAUAUACAUGAUAAUCAGCUAACAUCACUUCCUUCUGCUCUAAGAGAACUUGAAAAUCUUCAGAAGCUUAAUGUCAGCCAUAACAAACUGAAAAUGCUCCCUGAAGAAAUUACAAAUCUAAAAAACCUGAAAGGCCUGUACCUCCAGCAUAAUGAACUAACUUACAUACCAGAGGGAUUUGAACAACUUUCCAAUUUAGAAGAUUUAGAUCUUUCAAGCAAUCGUCUUUCAACUGUUCCUGUUAGUUUUUCUUCUCUGUCUAGUCUGAUACGACUCAAUCUUUCCAGUAACCAACUGAAGAGUUUGCCAGCGGAAAUAAGCAAAAUGAAAAGAUUAAAGCAUUUGGAUUGUAAUUCAAAUCUCUUGGAAACUAUACCUCCUGAAUUGGCUGGCAUGGAAUCGCUAGAAUUGCUUUAUUUGCGGAGAAAUAAAUUGCGUUUUCUACCAGAAUUUCCUUCAUGUAGACUAUUGAAGGAAUUGCAUGUAGGUGAAAACCAAAUUGAAAUGUUAGGAGCAGAACAUCUUAAGCAUCUGAAUUCCAUCCUCGUGCUAGACCUGAGGGAUAACAAGUUAAAAUCUGUUCCAGAUGAAAUUACACUACUCCAGUCUUUGGAAAGGCUUGAUUUAAGCAACAAUGACAUUAGUAGUCUGCCCUGUUCAUUGGGAAACCUACAUUUGAAAUUCCUGGCACUAGAAGGAAAUCCUUUGAGAACCAUUCGGAGAGAAAUUAUAAAUAAAGGAACUCAAGAAGUUCUAAAAUAUCUACGGAGUAAGAUCAAAGAUGAUGGGCCUAGUCAAGACUCUGUUACUGAGACUGCCAUGACACUGCCAAGUGAAUCCAGAGUUAAUAUGCAUGCUAUCGUCGCAUUAAAAUUAUUAGACUAUAGUGAUAAGCAAGCACCUUUCAUUCCUGAUGAAGUGUUUGAUGCAGUAAAAAACAAUAUCAUCACUUCUGUUAACUUCAGUAAGAAUCAACUAUGUGAAAUUCCAAAAAGGAUUAUAGAACUGAAGGAAAUGGUUUCUGAUGUCAAUCUCAGUUUUAAUAAGCUUUCCUUUAUAUCCUUGGAGUUAUGUAUGCUUCAGAAAUUGACGUUUUUAGAUCUAAGGAACAAUUUUUUAAGUUCUUUGCCUGAAGAAAUGAAAUUGUUGAUUAGACUACAAACGAUCAAUCUUUCCUUUAAUAGAUUCAAAAUGCUACCUGAAGUUCUCUAUCAUAUCUCAACGCUUGAAACAAUUCUGAUUAGUAACAAUCAGGUUGGAUCUUUGGAUGCUCUGAAAAUGAAGAUGAUGGAAAAUCUUAGCACAUUGGACCUUCAGAAUAAUGACCUCCUACAAAUUCCACCAGAGCUUGGUAAUUGUGUGAACUUAAGAACUUUACUACUAGAUGGAAAUCCAUUCCGUGUUCCUCGAGCCGCUAUAUUAAUGAAAGGAACAGCUGCUAUAUUGGAGUAUUUGAGGGACCGGAUUCCUACUUAAAUGAUCCCAGUCAUCAUGUUAAAUCUUAGAAGAAUAUUAAAUUUUGUUUUAGUAUCAUCCUAAAGGUGAUUGCUAUAACUGAUCUUCCAGUUUCUCAGUUACCACCUAGCCAUUGGUAUAAUUGGCCUGGGCUAUUAUCACUGCCAAUAAAUAUUUUCCAUUGAUAACUAUUCAACAUUUUUUCUAAAGUGUUGUGUACAUUUAUAACGAUAUUAACCACAUACACUUAUGGAGUGUUCAUACAUUUUGUCUGAAUGUUUUCCACAGGAUUUAUCCUACAUUUAUCCCACAUUCAUUCCCUUAAAAUUUGUAAGCACUUUCUUUGAAAGUGAAUUUUUAUGUAAGAUGAUUUAAUAUUUUUAUAAUAACAAAGCAUUUUUGUAGAAUUGGGUUUCUUUUUUCUCAUUUCUUUUUGUAAUCCAUACAAUAUAACCAGUUGACUUGAAUAUGAGUAUUUAAUUUCUACUUUUUUAUUAGAUGUAAAACCAAAAUGAAAUUUAUUUAAUACUUUUUUGUGAGUUAAAAAAAAAAGACUUCAUUACCUGUGAUAGGACUUUUGUGAUAUGGUUGGUCUCAGUAUAAAUUUUAAAUUAACAUUUACUGUCUUAUUUUGGCUUUAAACUAGUUGGGAUGUUUCUUUUCUAAUGAUUGAAUAAGUCUUUUCCUCCUAUUUUAUGAAAUCAUUUUAUCAGAUUUGCUAAUUUCUCAAAAAUAACACUCAAGAUAUGAUUAUUGGACAAAAUAAUGAAAGUGUAUUAUAACUGMUUUCACAAUUUUGACUUUAAAAUUUGGCAUUUUUAAAAAAGUGAUGCCUUAGUAUUGUUUUCAUAUGAUAAUCUAGCUUUUAGAUUUAGGAGAAUUAAAGAUUGGAUCUGUAUAUUUUCCCCCUGGGGAGUGUAAGCAUUUAAUCACCUUUUGUCCAUUAAGGGGGUAAAAAAAUGAAGACCUUAUUAAUUCUAUUGGUAGCAGCAACAGAAAACAACAUAUACCAUAUAGAAAUCUUAAAGCUAAUGUGAUAUAGUAGCACAUGCCUGUAAUCUCAGCUAUGCAGGAGUCUGAGACAAGAGGAUCACCAGUUCAA